UGCGCUUCUGUGCGCCAAGCCCCAUUGCUCUCUUGUGCGCUCCCGAUCUCCCAACCCCCCAUCUGCCUUUUGUAAUUUUUUAAUGGGGUCCCUUGCCUGGUUUGUGCUGACCUAAUUAAAAAGCUGUUGUGAGCAAUGCCUUGUGAUGGUCUAAUCCCAGCCCAGUGACUCUACAAAGCUUUCGCCAGGGUUUCUCCUUCUUCCAUUCUGGUCCUUGUUGGUUCAUCGCUACCUGCCUGGGUCCAGCCUUUUCACUGUGCCGCAACUCUUCAGGAUUGCUUACUGACCUUCCUAGAACUGUUUGGCUUCUCUGUGGUAUAAGGAGGGGGAAAAAGCAACAACUAUGACUUCAGUGGCUGGCACAUUCAGGAUCGUUUCUGAGGAGGAGCAGGCUUUGCGUGCCAAGCUUGAGCGUCUGACCACCAAGGACCAUGGCCCUGUCUUUGGGAAAUGUGACAAGAUCCCAGACCACACCAUACAAAAGGCUAAGGAUGAGCUGAAUGAAACACCGGAGAAGCGUGAAUUAGCUAUCAAAGAGCUUCAGGACCUUGUUCAGGAGAAAGCCAAAGGAGGUGAAGAUAUCUGCAAAGCAGUGGCUGAAAAAGUGAAGGGGAAGGACAACGCAUUCUUUCUUCGUUUCAUCCGAGCCCGCAAAUUUGACAUCAGCAGGGCUUACGAUCUGCUGAAAGGCUAUGUCAACUUCCGCCAGCAAUACCCAGAGCUAUUUGAAAACCUGACCCCUGAGGCUGUGCGCAGUACCAUUGAGGCUGGCUACCCUGGCAUUUUGAGCAACCGGGACAAGUUUGGACGGAUUGUGCUGCUGUUCAAUAUCGAAAACUGGGAUUAUGAGGAGAUCACCUUUGAUGAGAUUCUUCGCGCCUAUUGUGUGAUCUUAGAAAAAUUGCGAGAAUGAAGAGACUCAAUCAAUGGCUUUUGUAUAAUUGAAAACUUCAAAGGCUUUACCAUGCAGCAGGCCUCUGGUAUAAACCUUCUGAACUGAAGAAGAUGGUGGACAUG